GCAUCCACUACGGACCGUCAUUAUGUCCUCGUCUAUGUAAUCAAAAGCCAAUAAUCUGCAUUCUCAUCUAAUACAUGAGAAUACAUGAGAAGAACGAACAGCAGAAAACCUGUUUGUGUGUGUGUGUGUGUGUGUGUGGGUGGGUGGGUGUACAAGUGUGUGUGUGUGUGUGUGUGUGUGUGUGUGUGUAUUUCUUGGAAGGUUAGUCAAAUUCAAAGUUGAUUGGUGGUUCCGUGAGUGUCUGGACCAGGGAGGGCGUGGUUCGGGGUGCGAGUUGCGUAUCCGUGUGAGCAAGAGGGCAAAGCAGUCUUCUUUCUGGCACCAUUUGACUUAGACCACCGCUAACUGUUCUCAAGCUUCAGAUCCUUGGAUGGUCCUGUUUCUCCCUUGUCUUGCAGACGGAAAUUCCUUCACCUGCAAAUUUCGUGACGUAAAACACCCGCUCUUCAAGAAUGAUGACGACCCACAGGCUUCAGUUACUCAUCUUCAUUCUGCUGUUUAUCCUAUCAAGUAUCUCCAACGCUAAACUCCUCCCUCAGAAACAACGCCCUGGUACUGCCGAGAAUAACAGCUAUGCAACUUCGCAGAUGUUUUCACGGGACAAGGUUGAAAUGCAGUUCCAAUCUACAACGUUGGGAAGAAGCACAAUGACUCCCUUCUUGGAGAGGAAGAGACAAGAAAAGAUCUUCGAGACCAGGAAUGAUGACGCUAAUUUGGGGCUGUUGAUGGUGACCGUCGUGAGGCAGGAGCUGAGUCAUUGCGACCUAGUGCUGGCCUGCAGUGCCACCUUCUGCAGGUCCUCGGUGCUGCACACACUCCUGAUGUUCCCAAAUCUCCGCCAAGUAAGUACGUAAGGGACUUCCUUGAACAUUUCCAUUGAUCUUCCGGGCUGCUUGGUUAUCUAUGUUUCAUAACAAUGAAGAUUCUCUCGUCUCCGCAACACAAAGUUCGUCGUCUUCAUCUGCAACGCUCUUUUCGCAGGUGGUAAAGGUGACUAGCGCCGAGGACUUGGUGGCCAUAGACUGGAUUCCUAACAGAUGUGGCGGCUAUAUCAUGUUACUGGAGCAUCUGGAGCCCCUAUUGGCCCUUGCCAUGUUACACCACCAUUCAUGGAACUACGCAGGAAGGUGUGUGUUCUCUUCACAUACCUCAGUGACUUAACUAUCUUAACUUUUACAAAGUUGAGGAUCCUUGUCAUUAAUGGUCACUGUGCUUCAUCUUGGUGGUCUAACCCCGUGAUGUGUCGCAGGUAUGUGGUGGUGGCCGGCUCCGUGACGCAGCUGGAGGCACUGGUGACUACGAGGAACGGCAAAAAGACGGAAAAUAUUUUAGGUGUAGUAAAGAUUGCAUCCGAUACGUGGCGGCUGUACACUAAUCAGCUGUACUGGAGUCCUGGAGUGAAGACCAUAGCUACGUACAGUCGCAGCGGGUUCCAUGUGCAACAGCCGAACCUUUUCCCUGAGAAGGUGGGGAACCUGCGAGGGGCUGCACUCAAGGUGAUGGGGGCAACAUUACUUUUUCUUUGAUGACAGUCAACCUGAGAUUAUUGUCAAAGUAGAUCCUCGGAAAUUCUCACCAGUUUGAGGGAAACCUCGCUUUUACCAAUCGUCUCAAUGGUUCCUGUUACUAACAAGUCCAUUAAUAAUGUGAUUUUCUUCUCACUUUGUCCACCUGCAGGUAAGCACAUUCAACUUCGAGCCGAGCAUCAUAUACUACCGCGCCGAGAACGGAUCACUCCUUUUUCGUUUCGGCGAGGAAAUAUCUCUCAUCAAAGCUAUUGCACGAUCGCUGAAUUUCACUCCUGAAUUUGCGGAG